AUGGAGUCAAAGUCACAAACUAAUAUGAAUAAGAAAAAUUUCAGAUCUCAAUCUAAACCUAAUCAUAUUAGAAGACUUAAUUAUUCCAAUGAUAGCUCUGAAUUAGAAGAUGUUACAUCAGGCUCAGAGUAUCAACCUGAAAAUGAAUCUAGUUCUAGCGAUGAGAACUCUGAUUCUGACUUUGAAGAGUACAUUGAUCAAUCUGGCAGUGAAUCUAGUUCUAAUGAUUCUAUAUCAACAAAAUCAUACCAAAAUAUUAAUAUCAAAAAGAGAAAGAGAAAUGAAAAAGUUUAUUAUCCAGAAAGUGAAUCAGUUACUGAAGACUUAUACGUGGAAGUCAAUGACAUAGAACAGCAGAAGAAUCUAAUGAGAAAAAAGUUAUCAGAAGAGUUUAACAAUAAUAAUGUUGAAUAUAAUUCUACAUCUGUUAUAUUAAAAGAUAAAUCAAAUCUAGAUCUUGAUACUAGUCAUGCAAAUAGCAGCUUAGAGCUGACAAUAAAUUUAAACUCUGUUGGUAAAGUUAUGAAGGAUUCAAAUAAAUUGUUAUUCGAUAGCAAAAGUGGAAUAAAAAAGUACUCAUGUUACUAUUGUACAAAAAAGAAACUUAAAACAAAAAAUAACAAAAUUAAAUCUCAGUUUGCAAAUUUAAACGAUCACUAUGAAAAAGCACACAAAAAUGAAGAUUUGAUCAUAAAACUAAAAAAGUAUGCCAGAACUGCACGUGUCAAAGGACAACCAUUGAAUGAUGAUCAAAAAAAAAGAAAACAAAUUCUUGAAUUACUCACAAGUAAAGCUAAUCACCUCAAUAACAUAAAUGCACAAGAAGUAUCUGAAAUAGUAGUUGCACGAAGACCCCGUGAAAAUUCUGGAUAUACAAUUAAAAACUAUGGAACAUGCUACAAAUGUUUCAAGAUGCUAUCCUUAACUUCAAUUCAUAAACAUGUUCAUACAUGUACUGGCCAAAGUUUUAUAAAAAAGCAUGUUAUAAAAUCCAGUUCUAGAGCUACACAAGGCAAUUAUCAUGCAAUUGCUAAAGCAGAUUCUAUUGAAAUAAUAUCAAAAAUGCGCAAUAUUAAUAUAGUUGAUGUAAUCAGGUAUGAUGAUGCAGUCUUUUUUUGGCUAAAUGCUGAGGCUCAAAAAUUUGAAACAGCAAGACAGCACCACAAGCAAAUUCGAGCCAAUCUAAGUAAACUAGGAAACUUUUUAAAUAUUAUUAAAGAAAUAAAUAUCAAUAUACAAGAAUUAAGCGACACAUUUCAUGAAGAUUUUUAUGAUGAUGUGAUAGAAGCAAUAAAAACAAUGGGUAAACCAGACCCAAUAACAGGUUUGAUGACUGCUCCUUCUUCGGCUCAUAACAUGUUUUUUCUUAUUAAUAAUGUAGCUUCUGUAUAUGAGAUAAUGAUAGGAACAAAACAAGAAGUAAAACGAAAACAAGUACAAGCAUUUUUAAAUAAAUUUAAAAAAAUGUGGCACAGUUCCAUUGGUAACACUAUUGCUGAAACUAUGGCUAAUAUAAAAGAAAUAAUAAAAAAGAAUUACCUGAUCAAAAAGACUUGUUAUGAAAAUCUCAGGGAUGCAUUGGUGUCCUACUUGCACAUAACUAAUUGUAGAAGGUCUGGUGAAAUUGAAAUGUUACGAAUAGAUGACUUCAGUAAAAUUGAUUUCAAGGAUGAUAAAUGUCGUAUUGAAGUUCGUGGCAAGAGAAAAAAGCCUGUACCAAUAGUUUUCAACAAGAUGAUAUACAACUAUUUAAAAUGUCUGAUACGACUAAGACCAAAAGCUCAAAUUUUAAAAGAUAAUCCUUUUGUUUUUGCCACAAUCUUAGAUGUGAGCAAGAAAAACUUUUCAUUUGUAUCAGCUUGUAAUUUGAUGGCCAAAUUUGCAGAUUUAUGUGGGGCUGAGAAGCCAGAGACUUUGAGAGGAACAAGAUACCGAAUGCAGAUGGCUACUGAGAGUUUAAAAAAGGGUAUUGAUAAUCAUCAGCUUGAGAAACUCACUGCAUUCAUGGGACAUACUAAAGGAAUUCACUGCCAGAACUACAGACAAUCAGUUUUAGAACGAGACUUAGAAGUAGCAAAUAGUAUUAAUACAGUUCAGUCUUGUAAGUCAAUGGGCAAAGACAAACCUGAGCAGCAAAAAGAAAAUCAGUCGACAGAGGCAUUAUCUGAAUCAAAUUUAUUGGAUGAAGCCUGUGAUGAAUCAGCUCAACAGAAUCAAGAUCAACAUGAAUUAAAGCAGAGUUUCAGGUCUUAA